UGGACCACCGACUCUAAUGUUGCCAUGGUUACGUCAACACUACCUUACAGGGACGCGUCGCUGACAAACAGAGGUAAAACACGAACUAGAACACAUAUAAAUUAAGAUAAACCGAGACCAAACUGCAUUUUUUGGCGAGGACAGUUCGUAGCUCUGUUUGAAUUUCUCUAAGGUCGCUUCAGACCCUCUUUAGAGGCCGCUCAGCUCCCUAAAGUUGUGUGGCAGGUUGCGUCCAUUAAUUUCAUCCGCCUCUGGAAAUCGACAUCAUGGAGGCCGGAGAUAAACUCAAAGAACUGAACCUGACGGUGGAUGAAAUCGACAGGUUCAAUCAGGCCUUUAAAGAUGAGAAAUUCCGGGAAAUGCUGCGCGAUUACGCCGAAGAAAUAUCAGACCCUGAGAAUAAGAAAAGGUAUGAGGAGGAGAUAAAACUUUUGGAGGAGGAGAGGGGAAACACGAUUGAAUUUAUCCACCCGGAACCAUUUCGGGCACUCAGGACGAGUGUGAACGCGAAGCAGAAGUGUUUCAUCAACAUAUGUGCCAACGAGAAGGUUGGAAAGCCUAGCAGUGAGUGGGGGGUGUCCAAGGAAGGCCGCAGAGGACAGUGCUGGUCCCUACCUCACAGUCUGCACCCAGGGAGGCAGGACGCAGAUUCAAAGGGGAACAAGAUCAUGAUCUUCGAUGUUAUUUUCCACCCAGACACUCUCCACAUUGCAAGCAAAAACAGGAGAUUUAUGGAUAUGGUGGACAGCACAGCCAUCCAGGGAAUCCAGGACGCCUUUAAAGUGACUUUGGAUAAAAACAAUGUGAGAGAGAUGAAGACAAAAUACAAAGGCACGCCGCAGCCUUGUGUCAUCCGGAGAGCCAUACCUGGACAUAAAGCCAAGGAGCUCUCAGAGAGGCCUGAUCCUCUUGCAUUUCCAUACCCAGAUGACAAAACAGUUACAGCAUCCUCACAAAACCUCAAUUCUAGCAGUGAUGCCGAACCUAAAAGUUUCCAGAUCCAGCCUCGGAAAACUAAAGAGCCAACCAAACCAAACUACACAGUAAAACAUCGAUCCUAUAUCGAUCUGCAGGACUUCAGGUGCUCUAGAGACUCGGCCCAAAGCCCCAGGCCCAAAGAGAUAGUGGUCACCAUUGACGUGCCACUUCUGAAGGCUGUCGCGGAUGCCAACCUUGAGGUAAAAGAAAGACAAUUGCUGCUGGAGUGCAAGGAACCAGCCUACAAACUGGAGCUGUCCUUAGCCUACCCUGUAGAUGAAGAUAAGGGAGAGGCCAAGUUCAACAAACAGAGAGGUCAGCUCACAGUCACACUGCCUGUGAUUCCUUCGAAAGCAGCUUUUGAUACAGCCAUGGGGCCUGCUCAGACUAGUGAUGACGAGAGGCGGGAGGAGGAAAGUGAGAAUGAGGGCCUGAGAAGUAAGGAGCAAAGAGGUGUUGAGGAAGAGGAGGAGGAAACAGAAACUAAAGAGGAGGAUUUGAUGGAGCAGCAAAGAAUAGAGGAAGGUGAAGAGGAGGAAGUCAGAGAUCAGGAGAAAGGGGAGCAGAUAAGGGAGGAAGACGAGGGGGAAACUGGUGUGGAGGAGGCGGCAAAAUGGAAGGAGCAGACACGUAUAGCCCAAGAGAGUGCAGAGGAGGAGAAAGAGAAAAAGCAGGAGUGGGAUACUGUUGACCUGGACGUUUCUGGAGAGGGAAACACAAGUGUGGCGAUCCCUGAAACAGAAAAGCAGCCUGCUUUAAUCACUGCCGAACAUCCAAGAUGCGCGGUACGAGACGGAGAAGUUAAUCUGAACGAGGAGACUGAAAAGAGAAAAGACUCUCUAAAGGUGGAAACAGAUGCCACUUUGAGUGAAGCUGAGUCUCCCAUCCCAGCUGACUCUCAGAGCCAAAUCAAGGUGAAGGACUGCUGCAUGUCCUCCGGUGCUGAGCACUCGGGCAACAUGCCAGACAGGGAGGUCAACCUCUGCUCCGAGGAACUUGCAGCCGAAUCAGAGAAGCAGGAGGAGACGGAAAACAUGGGUGAAGAUGACCUGCCGAUGGAGCAAAUCUUCCGGAGGCAUGAUAACCACAAGUUUCCACCAGUGUUAUUAAGGGAAAUCGAUAAAGACGGAAAUGAAACAAUCAUCAGCGAUCAUUCCACAUCUGCUGGGUUCACCUUCCAAAACUCCCUGAUGUAUGAGCUGGACUGAGGACAGGAGACAUUCUUAUGUUUUGAGAAAUUCUGAACAAAACUUGUAUAGGUUAACUGGCCGCAGUGUGUCCAACAAUGUUAAGCAUUCAUGGUUUCAAAACCUGACAUGUCUCUCCAUCUCUUAAAGUGGAAGCACAACUUUUUAAAUUCAAACUGAAAGCAAGACUCAUAAGGAACCAAUCUAUAUGCAGAUAGUGUCUACAACCAUUACACAUCAAAAUAUGUUAAAGAAAAAGCUGGAUAGUGAAAAUUUUAAUGAACUUUGACUAAAACACAAACAUUUCCAUGUCACAGAAUAAACUACUCAGCACAACAUAA